AUGGAGCUUCCUCAGCCGCCACAAGAUCAAGAUCUUCGCAACAUAAUCGACAAACUCGCGCAGUUUGUCGCAAGAAAUGGCCCCGAGUUCGAGAAGAUGACCAAAACGAAACAAAAGAACAAUCCAAAAUUUAGUUUUCUGUACGGUGGAGAAUAUUUCAACUACUACCAAUACAAAGUGACAACUGAACAAGCAAUUCUAAAGCAAUCUGCCGGUGGCCAGGCGGCUAGCGCUCCGUCCGGGGCUUAUAUGGCACAGACAAGGCAAUAUGUAAUGCCCCAACAGGCUGGAGCGACCUCCGCCCAGCUUGGGCUGGCAGCUACGAUGUCGGCGGCGCCCGCUCUUCAGCAAUGGCUCGCCGCGAACUCCGCUCCUGCUCCGUCGCAGCACAACCAUGAGAUUGACAACGUGAAUGUUCAGAUCAACAUUCUAAAGGACCAAAUUACUCAGUCUGAGAACAAUCUUAACGCCCAGCACAACGUGCUCAUUCAACAACAACAGACCAAAAUCAAUGAAUUGGUUAGCAAAGCUCAAGUGGAAACAAUACAGAUCAUGGCCGAGGAUAAUAAUAUCAGUCUCACAGAAUUAGACAACAUCUUGCAACCUAUUAUUGAAUCUUGCACUAAAGAUAGCAUAUCUGCAGGGAAGGGAUGGAUACUGCAGCAUGCAACAUCAGCUGAUGCUGGCAAAGUUAUCUCACAACAUUUGCUGCGGAAAGUGACACAGCCUGGGGCAGCUUUCACACAAAAACUACACAUCAUAUAUCUUGUUAAUGAUGUCCUGCAUCAUUGUGCACGCAAAAACGCAGAAGAUCUCAAGAAAAAUUUGGAAAAUGUGGUGGUUCCAAUGUUUUGCAAUGCCAGUAUAGCCGUUACCGAGGAGCAGGAGGCUAAGCUUAACAAGCUACUGCGCUUGUGGGAAUCCAAGUCCAACUACUUCGAUUUGGCCGUCAUUGAGAAAAUGAAGACGCCCACCAGCUCCUAUCAGGAAUACCAGAAUAACCUAAUUGCUCAACAUUCUAAUGCCAUCGCACAUUUAGCACAACAGACCAAAUCUACCUUUGAAAGCUACCAAACCCAACAUCAAGCAUUUGUUGCGCAUACUCUGCAACAAAUACAACAGAUGGAAAUGCAGAAACAGGCUCUGGAGCUAAACAGUCAAGAAUCCAAAAAGGACAGUCAGCAAAACAUGCAAAAUCCAUUUCAGAAUAACUUUAAUGAAGGGUACCCACCGAUGGGUUACGAACAGAACUUUCCUCCAAACCACCAACGCUACGGUAGUGAAAGCGGGGACAAUUAUGCGUCAAACAACAGUAUGAGUGGAAACGAGAACAGUUAUGACAGUCAGAUGUUCGAUCAGAUGAAUCAGCCAAAGGAGUCGGAGCCCGAUCUCUCCAAUCUCCCAAAUGUGAACUUCUCCCAACCGCCACCUGGUUUUGAGCCAGAGCCUCCUUUAGCUUUCCAAAAUGGGCUUCCAGAUCUGAGCAAACCUCCCCCGGGAUUCCCACCUUUCGUAGAAAUAAAUAAUGAAGAUCUCAUGCCGUCUGUACCGUACUUUGAGUUACCGGCUGGUUUGAUGGUACCCCUUAUUAUGCUGGAUGAAGAUAAGUACAAGCCCUUAGAGCCAAACAAAAUCCGCCUUCCGCCCCCAGCCCCGCCCAAUGACCGGCUCUUGGCUGCAGUCGAUGCCUUCUACGCUUCGCCUAACCACGAAAGGCCUAGAGAUAAUGAGGGAUGGGAGAAAUUAGGUCUAUACGAAUACUACAAAGCGAAAAACGCGGCGCGGAAGAACAAAGAAGAGGCAAUCUCGAGUGGGAGAAGACAGAAAUCCCGCUCACCCACUCCCAUACCCAAUGACCUUCAGAAGCAGCCCUCGCCACCUGGAAGGAGAUACAGAUCCCUGAGUAAAUCGCCAGAGCCAAAGCCAGUCCAAACGCCUCCCAAAAGCAAGUCCAAAUCACCUUCACCGAGGAGAAGGACCACCUGGAGAAGAGAACGUGACAAUCGUCGAAAAUCCCGAUCUCGGUCGCGCUCAAGAUCGCGCAGUCGGUCGCGAGAGAGGGAGAGGGAACGACACCGCGACUCUCCGCGGGAAAGGGACAAGACGAGGCGAGUGGACAGGGAGAGAUCGCCCACGCCACCUAGUUUCCUCAGUGGUUCAACAUUUCCGUCGACGUCUGGAGGUAUAGACGCGAGUAACAAAGGCCACCAGCUGCUCCAGAAGAUGGGUUGGGCAGGUCAGGGCGGAUUGGGAGCAGCGGGGCAGGGCAUAGCGGAACCCAUCAGCGGCGGCACCGUCAGAGAUAGGCAGGACCAGUAUAAAGGUAUUGGAGUAAACCUGAAUGACCCAUAUGAAAACUUCAGGAAGAACAAAGGCGCAGCAUUUAUUACGAGAAUGAAAGAGAGAGCAUUAGAGCGGUCAACGUGA